CACCAUGAAGGUUUGGGAGCACAUCAUCGAGUAUAAGUUGUGGAAGGGGGUUUGCAUUUCUGAGAAUUAAUUUGGUUUCAUGCCUGGCCGAUCAACCACGGAGGCCAUUCAUCUCUUGUGAAGGUUUGUGGAAGAGUAUAGGGCUAAGAAGAAGGAUUUUCAUAUGGUGUUUAUUGAUCUCGAGAAGGCGUACGACAAGGUGCCGAGAGAGGUUUUGUGGAGGUGUCUUGAGGUGAGAGGGGUGCGGAUCGCUUACAUUCGUGCAGUCAGAGAUUAGUACGACAGGGCAAGAACUAGGUUAAAGAUUGUCGGGGGUUACUCUGAUGAUGGACAUUCUCACGCUAGGAGUUCAAGGGGAAGUCCCAUGGUGCAUGCUUUUUGCUGAUGAUAUUGUACUCAUCGACGAUACCCGCGACGGACUAAACAACAAGACUGAAUACAUGGAAUGUCGUUUUAGUGGUCAGGAGUUAGAAUCAAUGGUGGAAGUUAGGAUUGACUCUCACCUAGUGCCCAAGGUAGACAAGUUUCGUGGCUCAGUAAUCCAGGCGGAUGUAGAGUUGGACGUAGAUGUUGCGCAUUGUGGUGGAGCAGCUUGGGCUAAGUGGAGGUGGACUUCAGGGUUCUGCGCGAUAAGAAGAUUUCGAGUCAGAUGAAAAGAAAAUUCUACACGUCCGUAGUGAGGCCUGCUAUGCUUUAUGGUGCAGAGUGCUUAAGAAACCCACAUUCAUCAAUUACAUGUUGCAGAGAUGCAGAUGCUGCGGUGGAUGAUUGGAAAGACGGGGAUGAACAAGAUUCAUAACAAGGUCACCCGAAGAUUGGUAGGCAUGGCCCUUGUGGAGGAUAAGCUACGUGAAGCUAGGUUGAGAUGGUUUAGGCAUGUGAGGUAGCGGUGUGCUGAUGCCCCUGUGUGGAGAUGCGAGAGACUUACGUUGGCGGGUGGGAGUAAGGGAAGAGAUAGACCUAGGAAGAAUUGGAAAGAAGUGAUUUGUCAGGAUCUAAGACUUCUUGCCCUUACCGAGGAUAUGAUCUUAGAUAGGAGCAUCUAGAGAACUAGAAUUAGUGUAGUCGGUUAGGCGCUUUGGACUUAGUGGUAGUUUCUCUGCUUGGUGUGUGCUUGGUUUGUCGUGUAGAUUUGGGCUUUGUGCUUGUUUUGUUUUUGUUCCGUUUAAUUAGUUUGUUCUAGGCCUUUAUGUGUUUUUUUUGUUAUCUCUGCCAUAUGCAUUCUGUGAUCUCAUUAUCUCUUUUCUAUUUGAGCUCUUGGAAACAGCCUCUCUACUCUUGUGUAGAGGCAAGGUAUGAAUACACACACCCUACCCAGAGUUGUUGUUAUUGUUGUCUUAGCUUACCAGUAACCAGCAUGUCUCUCCCAAAAACUCUUUGAGAAGCACUCUCACUUUCUAGGCAGCGUCAAGCAAGUGUUAAGUCAAGUCAAACUAAAAACUUAGUCUAUGGACGGAGGAAUUAUAUACAUGGGUCCUAAUGCAAUUUGAGUACGGAGCAUGAUGAGGAGGUGGACCAAGUUCAGAGGAAACUACCAAACGGCAUAUGGUUAAGCUUUGAUUUUGAAGAUUCACAUCCGGUGGUUAUUACUAGAAACAUACUCUAUCCCACUAAUAAUGUACCCCGGUUAUUACUAGAGACAUUCUCCAUUCUUAUAAAAUUAUGACUAUUUCCUUUUUUACCGUUCACACCAAACAUCACUUUCAUUUUAAGGAAAGAAUUGUGCGGUUGACGUUUUACCUCUUUUUAAAGAAAUCUUAACCUCACAUUUUCAGUUUCUUAAUAAGCAUGUCACUUCCCACUAUGAACUUUAUAUUGGGACGGAGGGGAUCAUUUAUUACGAAAUGAUCCUUACAUAUUUUCAUAUCCUGUUUUUGUGAUUUCUUUCAAUCUGGAAAUUUUAGGAUUUACCAGCGUUAUACCUUCGAGGUGGAUCAAUUAUUCCUGUAGGUCUUCCAUAUCAGCAUGUUGGUGAAGCUAACCUUACAGAUGAUUUAUCUCUUCUUGUGGCUCUUGAUGAACAAGGUAACCUUCUCAUAAUAGUAGUUAUUAUUGGACUUACUACUGUAGGUGG